AUGCAAAGGUAUCAUGCUGCUGGUUCCACUAAUGCAGUUAACAACAGUGCUAUUGGUGGUGCAUCUGCUAGGGAUGCCUCCCGGGUUGAUUCUUCAUCACCAUCCAACUUUUCUAUAAACUCUAGGCGACUACAUCCUCUAACUGCAUACAAGUUGAAGUGUGAGAAGGAACCUUUAAAUUCGAGACUUGGGCCACCUGAUUUUCAUCCGCAAACUCCGAAUUGUCCUGAGGAGACACUCACCAGAGAGUAUGUACAAGCUGGAUACAGAGAGACAAUUGAAGGACUUGAGGAAACAAGAGAAAUCUCAUUGACUCAGGUUCAAACAUUCAAUAAGCUUGCCGUGAUAAAGUGCAAAGAGUCAAUCCGGAAGUGUCUGAGAGCCAUCAAUGAGUCUCGUGCUCAGAAGCGAAAGGCUGGUCAAGUAUAUGGUGUUCCUCUCUCUGGAUCAUUGCUUACUAAGCCUGGUGUCUUUCCUGAACAAAGGGCAUGUGGAGAAGACUCCAAGAAAAAAUGGAUCGAGGGUCUAUCACAACCACAUAAGAGAUUGCGUUAUUUAGCUGAUCAUGUCCCUCAUGGAUAUCGGAAGAAAGCACUUUUUGAAGUUCUUGUAAGGAAUAAUGUACCACUGCUUAGGGCAACUUGGUUUAUUAAAGUUACUUAUCUUAAUCAGGUCAGGCCUAAUUCUUCAAUUAUUGCUUCUGGUACGCAAGAUAGAAAUCCGCUGUCCCGGUCAGAGCUAUGGACCAAAGAUGUUGUUGAGUACUUGCAACAUCUUCUGGAUGAGUUCUGCUCUAGAACUAGUAGUCAUUCUGUUCCACAUAGUAGAGACCGAUCUCAGAUGCUUUAUGUGGGCUCAAUGCAGAACAAGAAUGACCCCACUCUAGUUUCUGUUGAUGGGGAUGAGCCUUCUUUAAAUUUUAAGUGGUGGUAUGUUGUGCGGCUAUUGCAUUGGCAGCAUUCUGAAGGGCUGCUUCUUCCUUCACUAAUCGUUGAUUGGCUUCUUGGUCAACUACAGGAAAAGGACAUGCUUGAGAUUUUGCAGUUAUUCUUGCCCAUCAUAUAUGGCUUCUUGGAAGCAAUUGUUCUAUCACAGACAUAUGUACGCACUCUUGCAGCAGUUGCUGUUCGUUUCAUUCGUGAACCCUCUCCUGGUGGAUCAGAUUUGGUAGAUAAUUCUCGGAGAGCCUAUACUACUUCUGCUUUGGUGGAGAUGCUUCGGUAUUUGAUAUUGGCUGUACCUGAUACGUUUGUUGCUUUGGAUUGCUUUCCACUGCCACCAAGUGUAUUGUCUUAUGCAGCAAGUGAUGGGACUUUUGUUUCAAAGACAUUGGAGGAUGCACGAAGGGCAAAAGAUAGUUCAACAGAAGUUGGUUGUGUGUUCAGAACCAGAGGCAUUGAUUCUCAAUAUCAAACUCUAUCCUUUAAUCAGGUUGUUUCUUCCAUCCAGAAGCGUUCAGAUAAUCUGGCAAGGGCUGCUAGCCCUGGCUACCCUUUCCAUAAUGUGGCUAAAGCUGUGCAAGCACUAGACAAAGCUCUAUCUCAUGGUGAUGUUAAAGGGGCUUACAGUUUCCUUUUCGAACAGUUUUGUGAUGGAGCCAUAGAUAAAAGCUGGAUAGAAGAAGUGAGCCCUUCUUUGAGAUCUUCAUUGAAGUGCCUACAAAAUGUUAGCUCAUCUUUUGUUUGCUCUGUCUUUUUUCUUUGUGAGUGGGCAACGUCUGAAUAUAGAGAUUUUCGAACUGCGAGGCCCAAUGACUUGAAAUUCACAGGCAAACAUGACAUUGCUCAGGUGUAUAUUGCAUGUCGUCUACUGAAGCUGAAGAUAAGGGAUUUGGAGUGUGUACUUAGAAUCAAGAGUGGAAGAUACAUAGGAGGCAGUAAUUUCUCAAGUGGGCCUAAUCAGCAAAUUGGUGUGAGCAAUGGGCCUACCACCUAUGGAUAUGAAUUUAAGAGUAGCUCAAGAAUCAUGAACGCGAAAUCUAGUAGUUCCCCAGGUUUGUUUGAGAGCCCUGGUCCAUUGCAUGAUGUCAUAGUAUGCUGGAUUGAUCAACAUGAAGCCGGUCGAGGUAAAGGCUUGAAGCGCCUUCAACUGCUUAUAGUGGAGCUUAUGCGUGCUGGAAUCUUUUACCCUCAUGCAUACGUUAGGCAGCUGAUAAUAAGUGGAAUAAUGGAUUCAACUUUAAGUGCUGGGGAUCAUGACAGAAUGAAGCGACAUUAUUGGGUAUUGAAGCAGUUACCUGGCUCCUUUAUCCGUGAUGUCCUAGAAGAGGCAAAGAUUGCUGAAGGGUCACGACUUUUAGAGGCCAUGCAUGUCUACUCGAAUGAGCGACGUCUGCUCCUUCAAGGCAUUCUUUGUGGAAAAUCUCAGAAUUCAGUUAAAUCAAGUAAAGCAGAUCCAGAGCAAAAACAUUAUAUAUUACCAGCAAUUGAUUGUGCUCCUGAUCAUUGGAAAGCCAACAAGCCCCCCUCUGGUAAUUUGACUUCACAAAAAGUCAAGGCUGAGGCUAAGGUGGAGGAACUCAAGGUUUCCAUAUCAUUAUUAUUGCAGUUCCCUAACCGCUCAACAUCUUCAGAUUCAGGAGUCGAUGAAUCUAUUGUAAGUGGUAAAAGGUCUAUGGACUCGGUCAGCAGCAAGCUGGAUAUGGUGGAAGUUACACCUGGGUGUGAAGAGUGUAAGAAAGCAAAGAGGCAAAAGUUAAGUGAGGAAACAAGCUCAGCAAUUCAAGGACAUUUUCCUAGCUUUGACAAUGAAGAUAAUUGGUGGGUGCGGAAGGGUAGUAAAACAUCAGAUCCAUCAAAAGUUGAUCCACCUAUCAAGCCAUCCAAACAAGCCCCCAAGAGCAGACAGAAACUUGUCCGUAAGACUCAAAGCCUUGCUCAACUAGCAGCUGCUAGGAUUGAGGCUAGCCAAGGGGCCUCUUCGAGUCAUGUCUGUGAAAGUAAGGUCAGUUGUCCUCAUCACAGAACUGCGAAUGAUGGGGAGAAUCUGAAGACAGUGGAUGGAACCAGAUUAGCGCUAGGUGUAGACAUUAUUUUGGUUGGAAAAGCUUUAAAGCAUCUACGAUUUGUGGAGAAGCGGAUGAUUACAGUUUGGUUAACAACGAUGGUGAGGCAACUUGUGGAGGAUACGGAAAAGAAUACUUCCAAGGCCAACCCGUAUAAUAGGCCUUUUGUUCCUAAUGAUGAUGAUAGGAACUCUGUAAGGUGGAAGCUUGGUGAGGAUGAAUUAAAUGUCAUAUUAUACCUUAUGGAUAUCUGUAAUGAUCUUGUGUCUGCUGCCAAGUUUCUUCUUUGGUUGUUGCCCAAGGUUCAAAGUAACCAAAGUUCUACUAUUCACAGCGGGAGAAAUGUUAUGAUGUUACCGAGGAAUAUGGAAAUUCAUGCAUGUGAAGUGGGUGAAGCUUUUUGGUUAUCAUCGCUGAGAAGGUACGAGAACAUGAUGAUUGCCGUAGAUCUUCUGCCUGAAGUUCUGACAGCCAUAUUGCAACGUCUUGCAGCACUACUCGCCUCUAAUGUGAGAAUUUCAGGCUCGGCAACCUUGAGUUACUCCCGAUAUCUAUUGAAGAGGUAUGUCAAUAUUCCAAGUAUUGCAGAGUGGGAGAAGAGUCGUAAGACAACUUAUGAUAAGAGGCUUCUUUCUGAGCUCGACUCUGGGCGUUCACCAGAUGGUGAGUUAGGAUUUACUCUUGGGGUUCCAGCUGGAGUUGAUGAUCCUGAUGAUUUCCUUCGACAAAAGAUAAGUGUAAACCGAAUAUCCAGGGUGGGUUUAAGUAUGAGGGAUGUAGUCCAAAGGCAUAUUGAUGAAACUUUGCAAUACUUUCUUGGCAAAGAAAGGAAGACCUUUAGUGCUGGUGCACCCAAAGUCCCUGGUCUGGAAAAGUUGGAUGAUUGUUACCAUGUGGCACAUCAAAUAAUUAUGGGACUGAUGGAGUGCAUGCGACAGACUGGGGGUGCUGCUCAGGAAGGUGAUCCGUCUUUGGUGUCUUCUGCAGUUUCUGCCAUUGUUAACAAUAUAGGGCCAGCUAUAGUGAAGAUUCCUGAUGCCAAACCAGGCAAUAACUAUUCUAUUGCUUUGUGUGCAAGCUCUUUAAGUUUUGCUAGGCGUGUUUUGCAUAUCCAUAUAAGCUGUUUGCGGUUGCUUAAGGAAGCUCUUGGUGAGCGUCAGAGUAGGGUUUUUGAGAUUGCUCUUGCUACAGAAGCUUGUUCAGCUCUUGCGGCAGCCUUCUCUCCUGGAAAGGCAUCUCGUGGGCAGUUUCAGAUGUCUCCUGAUGCUCAUGAUUCUAAUAAUAUUUCCAGUGAAACAGCGAAGGGAUUGUUGGGGAGGGGGACAAAAGGUGCUGCUGCAGUUUCAGCUCUUAUAAUUGGUGCAGUAGUUUAUGGUGUUACUAACCUGGAGAGGCUUGUUACGGUGUUUAGAUUAAAGGAAGGUCUUGACGUUGUUCAGUUUGUGAGAAGUACCAAAACAAACUCGAAUGGUAAUGCACGUUCAACAGGGGCCCUCAAGGUAGACAACUUGCUUGAAGUUUAUGUCCAUUGGUUUAGGGUGCUUGUCGGAAACUGUAGAACUGUAUCGGAUGGUUUUAUUGUGGAGCUUUUGGGUGAACCAUCUAUUGUCGCUCUUUCAAGGAUGCAAAGGAUGCUACCUCUUAGCUUGGUCUUCCCACCUGCUUAUUCUAUUUUUGCUCUUGUUUUGUGGAGACCAUUUAUUCUUAGUAACUUUGCAAGCCGGGAAGACAUCCAUCAGUUAUACCAAUCAUUGACCAUGGCUAUCAGUGAUGCAAUAAGACAUUUGCCAUUCCGGGAUGUAUGUCUGAGGGACAGUCAAGGUUUUUAUGAUCUUGUGACUUCAGAUACCAGUGAUGCUGACUUUGCUGCUCUUUUGGAGCUAAAUGGUUUGGACACACAUGUUAAGUCCAUGGCUUUUGUUCCUCUCCGAGGAAGGCUGUUCUUGAACUCGAUCAUUGAUUGUAAACUGCCGAACUCUUUGUUUGCACACGGAGAUAGCAACCACAUGUCUUCACUUGGGGGAUCCAAAGUCCCUCACUCGGAGAAUGUGAUGAAGCUUAUUGAUAAGCUAGUCAAUGUGUUGGAUGCUCUUCAGCCUGCAAAGUUCCAUUGGCAGUGGCUUGAGCUCAGGCUUCUUCUGAAUGAGCAAGCCCUUAUUGAAAAACUUGAAGCCCAUGAUAUCUCCGUUGCUGAUGCUAUCCGCUCUUCAUCACCUGGUCCCGAAAAGGGGGCCGCUUCAGAAAAUGAGAACAAGUUCAUUGAGUUAAUCCUCACAAGGUUGUUGGUUAGGCCAGAUGCUGCACCCCUCUUCUCAGAGCUGGUUCAUCUCUUUGGGCGGUCACUGGAGGAUUCAAUGUUAUUACAUGCAAAAUGGUUUUUGGGUGGUCAGGAUGUUCUUUUUGGACGCAAAACUAUUAGACAGAGGCUUGUUAAUAUUGCCGAGAGCAAGGGCCUCUCUACUAAGGCCCAGUUCUGGAAGCCCUGGGGCUGGUCAAGUCCAGGGUCUGAUCCUGUGUCAAGCAAAGGAGCUAAGAAGUUUGAGGCUACUUCUCUUGAGGAAGGAGAGGUAAUUGAUGAUGGGGCUGAUGCUAAAAAGUCUGGAAAAGGAUCUAUUCAUGUAUCUGAUUCAGACUGUUUCACUGUAAGCCAACACAAUGUGACUGAGAAGGCACUUAUUGAGCUAGUUCUUCCUUGCAUAGAUCAAGGUUCUGAAGAAUCACGCAAUACCUUUGCUAGUGAUUUAAUUAAGCAAUUGAACAAUAUUGAGCAGCAGAUAAACCCGGUGACUCGUGGUGCAAGUAAGCAGGCAGGAACAGCCUCUUCUGGACUGGAGGGUAGUGGAAACAAGGUUACUACUCGCAAGGGUAUAAGAGGUGGUAGUCCUGGAUUGGCUAGAAGAACAACAGGGGCUGGGGAUUCUGCUCUUCCUUCGCCUGCUGCUUUGCGGACUUCUAUGUCGUUGCGGUUGCAGUUACUUCUGAGAUUACUUCCUGUAAUCUGCGCAUAUGGUGAGCCUUCGGGGCGCAACAUGAGGCACAUGCUUGCCUCAGUAAUACUUCGUCUCCUUGGGAGCCGGGUUGUGUAUGAGGAUUCGGAAUUGUCAAUACGCUUUCAAAAUGCUCAACCUAAGAGGGAUUCUGAAUGCAUAGCUUUGGAAGCUGCUUCUGCAGAUCUAUCGGGUGAAAGUCUCUUUGACCGGCUAUUGUUGGUCCUUCACGGUUUGCUGAGCAGUUGUCAACCAAGAUGGUUGAAAUCAAGGUCACCUUCAAAAGCGAACAAUGAAUCUUUCAAGGAUUCUGCUGGUUUUGACCGUGAACUGGUGGAAAGCUUACAGAGCGAAUUAGACCGCAUGAACCUACCUAGUGGAAUCCGUUGGCGUAUCCAAGCAGCAAUGCCAAUUCUUCUUCCAUCUGUUGGAUGCUGCAUCUCUUGUCAGCCACCAUCUGUUCCUUCUGCUGCCAUUGCUUCCUUGCAGCCCACCAGCAUUGUAAUGUCUGGUUACCCUCCACAGAGAAAUUCCCCUUCAAUGUUGACAAGGAAUCCAACAGGGAAGUCCAAGCAGCAAUCAGCGGCUCAACAAGACAGUAGCGAUAAUAUCGAAAUCGACCCAUGGUUACUGUUGGAAGAUGGCACAGGAGCUGGUGUUGGUCCAUCCUCAUCGUCCUCAGUUAAUACUCCAGUAAUUGGCAGCAGUAGUGGCCAAUCUAAUCUGUGGGCCUCAAACUGGCUCAAGGGUGCUGUACGGGUUAGACGGACUGAUCUCACUUACAUUGGUGCUGUUGAUGACGAUACCUAA